AUGACGCGAGUUCAUUUCCCUCGGAUCGGAUCAUUACUCAUUGAUGAUCGGGGUUUUAUCCGCCUAGAGAACCGACCACUCGCUCUUCCCAUACCCGAUCUAGAGAAUGACGAAGUCCCUCUUGAUAUCACGAGGAGCCAGACAUACUACACUGUCGACGCUUAUGUCGACGCUCUACUGUCUUGCCAUGACAGCCGUCUACAAUAUCCGCUUAACGCGGUUAAUGGCCAUGGGGACUGUGUCAGUCAGAUGUGCGCCAUGGUGCUUAUGCGCGCUUUACGUCACAAGUUCUUUCAGGCGAAGCUCAACCACGGCCCUUUUACUCCUGUUCAUACUGAUCUACAUGCCUCCAACAUCCUUGUGGACGAUCAUUGGAAUGUCACUUGUUUCAUUGAUUUGGAAUGGACUGCAGUUCUUCCACUUGAAUUCAUACAACCUCCCCACUGGUUGACUGCCAAGGCCGUGGACGAAAUUGACGUUGACGAGUACAACAAAGUUCGGGAAGAUUUCAUGGAAAUCUUUGAAGGGGAAGAACGACGGGUUGGUCGUCAAAACGAUAACGUUCGUUGCUCGGCUAUUAUGAAUGCGACGUGGAAACUGGGCACCUUCUGGUAUGUGCUUGCCUUGCAAAGCCCGACCGGUCUCCACUCACUCCUGUACGACCGGAUCCAAUCACGCUUUCAUGAAAUGGAUGAGAGCAAAACUGAGUUUUAUAUAUCGAUUUACCCCUUCUGGACAGAAAACGCGAAUGAUUUCAUCAGAAAGAAGGUUCGAGACAAAGCUGUUUACGACAAGAAACUAUGGGAAGUUUUCAAUCCAGACCAAAAUUGCUCCCUUGAGCAGGCCGCAUGA